UUUUCAAAUGCGGUGUAAUUUUUGUUAACAAUUUGUAUUAUUUUAGCAACAAUGAGUGCAGAACCAACCAAACAAGAACCAAAUCAAGUGAAUUGUCCUAUAUGCGAUAAUUUAUUUAUACAGGAUGAAAUUGAAAAACACGUUAACAAAUGUAUAUUUUUAAAUUGUUCUGAUGAUCAAACCAAAAGAAAACGUUCUCCUUCGCCUAUUAUUCAAGCUUCCAAACCUAAAUUUACGUUUAAACAACGUAGUCCUGGAGAUGUACAAAGUUCUUCCAGACAAACUAGUGUAGGAAACAAUUCUACUGUAAAAACUCCAUUAUUAUUUAAUUUAAGUAGAAAUACAAGUGAAAAGUUGGAUAACAAAGAACCAGAACAUAGUAGUAAUAGUAGUAGUUCAAGCAAAGUCCAAGACACAUUAAAAAAGAAAUAUGAUAAAUCUUUUAAAGUGCCUUUAGCAAUGCAAGUUAGACCUAAAACACUCGAUGAUUUCUUUGGUCAAGAUCAUAUAUUAGGCAAAGGUACAGUAUUAAGAUGCUUAUUAGACAAAGGUGAUAUUCCAAAUAUGAUUCUAUGGGGCCCUCCGGGUUGUGGGAAAACCUCACUGUCCCACGUCAUACAAGAAAUGUGUAAAUCUGCACCAACUAAAUGGAAAUUUAUUUCUCUAUCCGCUACGACUAGCGGUAUAAAAGACGUUCAAAAUGCCGUCACUAUAGCCAAAAACGACUUGAAAUUUGGAAAAAGGACUGUAUUGUUUAUGGAUGAAAUACAUCGGUUCAACAAGAAACAACAGGAUGUAUUUUUGCUAAGCGUAGAGAAAGGUGACAUUAUUCUAAUAGGAGCUACAACAGAAAACCCUUCAUUUUCAAUAAACAAUGCUUUAAUGAGUAGGUGCAAAGUUAUUGUACUAGAAAAGUUAAAUUCUGAUGAUUUGUGUUGUAUCCUUGAAAAAGCUGCGGAAUUUUUUGAUGUGGAUUUAAUCGAUACCGAUAAUCCUGCAGGAAAUUUUGAAUAUAAAGAUGCAGGACUAACCAUUGAAUAUAAGGCUCUGAAAUGGUUAGCUGAUAUCAGUGAUGGAGAUGCCAGAGAUGCUCUAAGCAACCUUCAGUUAGUAAUAAAUUAUUUUAAUGAGCAUCCUGAUAAAAUUGUAACUGUGAAGGAUGUAGAAGAUAAACUAAAAAGAGCACACCUUUUGUAUGAUAAAACUGGCGAGGAGCAUUACAACAUUAUAUCAGCUAUGCACAAAAGCAUAAGGGGUUCCGAUGAAAAUGCAGCAUUAUAUUGGACUACCAGGAUGAUUCUGAGUGGGGAAGAUCCAAGGUAUAUUGCAAGAAGAAUGGUUAGAGCAGCAAGUGAAGAUAUCGGUAAUGCCGAUCCCAGUGCUUUACCUUUAGCAAUCGCUACUAUGGAAGGCUGUCAGCUCAUAGGCAUGCCAGAAGCAGACGUACUUUUGGCACAAUGUGCCAUAUAUUUGGCAAGAGCACCCAAAUCUCGUGAAGCUGAUUCUGCGUUGGCACGAGCUAAAGCACUGAUUCAGCAACACAAAGGACCACAACCUGUUGUCCCUAUGCAUAUCAGGAAUGCGCCAACAAAGUUGAUGAAAAAUUUAGGUUAUGGUCAAUUACAAAAUGGUGAAGAGUUCACAUUUAUGCCCCCAGAAUAUAAAGAUGUAGAUUUUUUUUCUUAAUACACAUACAUAAUUUAUAUUUUUUAUUUUAUAAAAUAUAUUUACUCUGUUGUUUAUUUAUUAAUUCUAAUUGAUAAACCUUUAAUAACUUUGUUACGGAGUACAAUGAAACUCAUUAACUUACUAUACAGAAUUGAUUUUAUUGAUAAAUCUGUAAUAUACAGACUGCUACACUUAUUUUACUUUACAGUAAAAAAAAGUUAACUUCACAAAAUAUGAUGUAAAACUGAAAGACACCUAUAUAUCGGCAUUUGAAAUGAGCGAAUGAAAAAUAUAUUCAAUAUAUACAGGGUGUGCCAAACAGUUUGCAACAUACGGAGGCGUUUUUUAGUAUUGAUUUAUUAAAAAAAAAGUUUAAUUGAAUUAUUUCAUACAUGCUCAAUAGCAAAGAAAUCGUUUUGACAUAUGUCAUGGGACUCAGAUAUGCAAAAAGUGGGGUUAGGGGACAAAAUAUUGGAAAAAAUCCAAAAUAGUUGUUCAGAAUGUCAAGCAAAUAUUGAGUUACUGAAUUAGUGAAUUAAUUCAUGACUGAAUGUCAAGUUUUAAAGAAAUACAAGUACUUAACGAUUUUAUUAUUUUUCGGACAAUUUACAAUAGAAUCAUAUUUUCUUGGUUUAAAUUACAUAGAACCAAGUAAACACAAGAAGAAUAAUUCCUAAUACAAUAUUUUUGUUUACUGUCACGUAGAUAACAGUGAAAAAUCAGAAAUGUCAAUUUUUAAAAUACCAAAAUUGUUGCAAUGGCUUAUACAAGGAAAAACUUCACUUUAAUUGAAAAAAACUAGCUAUCAGUUCGUUCAAAAAGUUUAUAUAGACUGUCCAACGAGAUCUCUACCAGUUACAGUUGUGUCUGUCAUUUUAAUAAACAGGUAAAUUCAUGUCAUCUGUCAAAAUCUUCCCAGACUCGUUGGACAAACUAUAGUUACUUUAAAUACUUUCGAAAAAUUCCUAUUUGUUGCGAACUUUAUGACACACCCCGUAAAUAUCUACACAGCGCGACACAUAAAAAUAUUCAACACAUAUAAAGAAUCGGAAUCCAGAAAAUAAACAGAAAUACGUCUGAACGAACACAAAAUUUCAUCGUUUGGUAUCAUUUUAUUUAGGUUUGUACAAUGAUUUGACCCAUUCAAAAAACACUUACAAUAGACAUAUGUCAGCUCUGUAAAAUUCCAAAAUCACACUAGCUCCAAUAAUUUAACUCUUAAACAUACUAAAUUGGUUCCUAAGAAUGGAGGGGGGUACAGAAGGGGACAAGUUAUAAAACGGAUUAUUUUAAAAAUAAAAUGUUUAAAUUUUUCCAAUAUAAUGGAAAUAAAUCGCUCUCUAUAUGUAUAUAAACAAACAUUCAAUGUAAAAUAAAUAAAUUGUAUGAAAUUGGUUCUAAUUUGAUAAAUUGACCCCUUCACGAAUUGCAAUGGUUUUAAUAAAAAAAAUUACCGUUUUUGUGACACGACGACGUUAGACACAGAUGGGAGAUUGCAUACAAAAUGUCCGUGAGACUCCGAAAAAUGACUCGAAAAAGCUCAACCCUUUAAAAUAAAUUCGAUAAAAAAUGAGAUCUCCCGACCAAAAAAUUCAGCAUCUAAAUCACAAUUUUUCAAUACUAUAAAAAAUAUCUAUCUUUGGAAAUUUUCGGCGCUGUUUCAAGUCAUUUUCUCGUCGGCCUUUACUU